CAUGGUGCCGUGAUGGCAGUCGUUGCAAUCAACUCUCAUAACUACCGAUACAGUCUGUUGCAAAUUCCGACAUGGCAUCUAAUGAGCAGAAUACCCAGGGCUACAUCCCACGGGAUGUAGAUGACAAGCAAUUUCAGAUCAGGGACUACCAAGUGGAAAUGGUGAAUAAGAGUUUAGAAGGAAAUUUGAUUGUUGUGGUGAGUAGGAUCACUCUUGUUUUGUUCUCUAGGUCCAGAAUCCCAGGGAGAAAAAAAGAAAUAAUAUAGUAUCAAAGAUGCCCACGGGAACCGGGAAAACGCAAAUGUAAGAAACAUAUCCAUUACGGCGAGCUUUAGGUGCUGAAGAUUGAACAAGUGCCGUACACCGAAUCCUCGCAGAGAUAGACCGAGGAAGCUCGGACAAGCUUAUCUGGUUCUUAUGUCCAACAGUCGCGUUAUGCAAACAGCAUGUUCGUACGAUGGCUGCCCAUUUCCCUCCCAUGUGGUGUAGGUCAUUUACUAGUAACGAUAAUGUCGAUCAUUGGGAUACUGUUGAAACGUGGGAUAUUGCCCUGGCAAAUGUGAAGAUUGCAAUCUCGACCUAUCAGGUUCUGUAUGAUGCGCUGGUCCAUCGAUUUAUAACUAUGGCCCGUUUAUCUUUGAUUAUCUUUGAUGAAGCUCAUCAUUGCACCGACAACCAUCCUGCCAGUAAAAUAAUGAGCGAGUACUAUCAUCGUCAAUCGCAGAUCUCGGAUCAACAGAAGCCAACCAUAUUGGGUCUUACUGCAUCUCCGAUCUUGUCAGAUCUUUCUACCUUAGAGUAUGUAUACAUAUACCAUUGAUCAGCAGGAUUGAGAUGAAGACCUGACAAAGAUACAAAAGGGACGUCGAAAAAAGGCUACACAGUUCAUGCAGGAUGCCGCGCCAGUUCUAUGCGCAGCUGUUACGCUUUACGAAUCAACCAUUGAUUGUGCCACGAGUAUCCUUCUAUCGCUCACGGACAAAUCCAAGCGGGUUACCCAUAAUAGAAAAACUGCACGAACUUCUACAAGCACGUCAUGAACAAAAGAGAGAUUUGGCAAAGGCAAAAAAACAACUCAGUCGCUUUGUCAACCAAGCGGAAGCAAUAAACUGGGAGCUGGGAUCUUGGGCCGCUACGAACUACAUUGUAACUUCAAUUCUCGAGUUCAAAAAAGACAUGCGAAGGAAUGCU